AUGGAGCAUAAAUUUCUGAUAUGCGUGGACCCACAGACUAGGCUGGUGUAUAGGCUCAACCUUGAAAGUCACGAAGUUACAUAUGAAAAUGGAAUUUCAGAUAGCAUCAAAGAAGGCUACGAAGCCCAAGCAAAAACCUUGGAGACGUUAAAAGGGUUCGAUAUUUCAGUCUGGACUUUUGAGUCAGAGGCCUGCUGAAAUUAUAGGAGAAGGGCACUAUGAAAUUAUUUAUUGCAGCAGGAUGCGUAUCCAUACCCUGCUUAUAUUACAAGUCGUCUCUUCAACGACGAAUAUUUCAUAAUGACUUUUUUUGGCCUUAUUUUUUACGUAUUUUUUUGGUCUUUUUUUUGGAAAUUAUUUUUGGACUUUUUUGUUCAUUUGCUUUAGAAAAGAUUUCAUAUAAACUAUUUCGAGGUGAUUUUCAAUCAAUUUUGUCUUUUGUUUUUGACAGAAGCUAUAUAUAAAGUUUUUCCAUUAAAAUAGCCUAAAAAAUGGUCAAAAAAAACAGGCCAAAAAAAGGCAAAAAAAGGCCAAAAAAAUAGUCGUUGUAAAAUAGGCGUUGUAAGAAGGAACCUUACAAGUAGAGAGCUGAGCUCAGCCUUUGCAGAUGUCACUGAUAUAAAUCUACUAGUUGAUAUUGGCGAUUAUAUCAAUGAAGAUGAGCUUUCUCCGCCAAACUCAGACGAUGAAGGGCUUUAUAAUGAAACCACCAAUUUUAUUUUUAGUAAGGCAGAAAAAACGGUAAGGGUGAAGGCGAGCUUGGUUACGUGCUCGAAUGAAGUUAUUAAAAAUAUGGUAAGACAUGUAUACAAAAACCAUCGUAUAAAACUAAGACCAAAGAGCCAGCUGCAUCAACUUACUUUUAAAGUAAAAGGAAGAAGAGAAUACUUUACUGGAAACUACCCAAUGCUCGCGUACAGGCAAGUUAGAAUUGCUCUUACUCUCCCCAUUUAAUAUCGAACUCUUUGGGGAUAUUUGGGGCUCGAAAAUAAUUAAAUAUUUUUUAUUUAUUGGGAUUUAUAUAAGUAUGAUUUAUAUUUAUAAAUGCUUGAUCCUUUGCUAUUAUAGCCCAAGAAGAAUAAUUUUUUUAGCGAUUAUGAAUGAUGUUCAUUAAAUGGAGGGGAGCCAGAGGAUUGGAGUAUCUCAGUGUAACGCUAACUGAAGUCCCAAAAAAAUGAGAAUCCAAAUUCCCACCUUACGCUGAGGAAGCAGAACACGGGAAGCAUCCGCUUAUGUUUUGAUAUCCUCCAGCUCCUUUGCCUUAUGAACCUGAAAAGCUUGUGCAGAAGAAGCCUUUCCUGUCUAUGCCGAGAAUUUUUCAUUUAAAUAAAAUGAAUCCAACACAAGUAAGAACUGAAAUCACAGAAAAACUAAUGAAAGGGGUAGCGUCAAAUAAAGAAAUGUUCACAGGAGAAUGUGAGUGGCCUUUUCGGGUCAAAAUAUGUGGGCUUGAAGGGAUCUAUAACUUAUACACAGAAGCCUUCUGAGGAAACGCUGUCAAAAACGGAGAAGACACUCCUGCAUAUGUAAUCAUGCCAAAAGCCAAAGAAAAAGGAAAAGACAAAAGCAACCGUGGAAGAAGCCGAAGCACGAAUUCCUAUUUCAGGAAAUCCAGUCUUCCUCUCCUCAACAGAAAACAAAAGUCAAGCUCAAGAACCAGCCUGUCGUCAAGAAAUGCACUUCAAGCUUUGGCUUCAUCUGCACACAUAAAUCAUGGACCUUCCUGCUAUAUUCCUCAAGAUCUUUCAGCUCAAUUUAGGCUUCCGUUUACUCCGUAUGUACUUAGCUUCGAAGUAAUGCUUCUUUAUGGGGAUUCAAUUCUUAGACCUUCAUGCUACAAGCAAAUUAAAUUUUAUCCGUUCCAGUACUACUCAAGGUUCUAUCAACUUGUAGAUUUGAAAAUCAAAAUAUCAGAGCUGCCGAAGGAAACGAGGCUGGGGAUCAAUAUAUAUACUGUUGGGCAUAGUGGGGUUAGACUAGGUUAUUAAAGACAGAUGCUAGCCAUGUUGGUGACUAAGUACCAAAGACCUCCAAUUGAGGUUCAUCCGCUUUUCUACUCCAGUCCAUAGGGUCUAUCCCCCCAAUAAUUGGUGCAACUGCGUACCUUCUGUCUCCUCCUUGCCUUUGCAGUUUCAGUUGAGUGGGCGACUUAUGGAUUUCUGCGGCCCUGCUACGGGCGAUUGGAGUAGCUUGAUUCCAAGGAUCAACUCCUUGGAGUCCGUCGGGUAUGGAAGUGCCUUCCUUCAACAGCUACAGGAAAAAGACUACUUCUCUAUGGCCUGGGCAGAAACCCCCCAGCUUCUCAUAGGAAUGCUUAUGUGUCCUCGAAUCCAAAAGGAGUUGAUGAACACCUCCAUUUCCAACCACAGGAAAGCAGCCAAAACCUACCUGGAUACACAUCUCUUUUGCUGCACUUGAUUCUUAACUCAGAGUCCAUCCCAGUUCGCCGUAGCCAUAAGUUUGGACUGUUGCUCCAAGAGUGCAGGCUAAAGUGUCGCCAUUUUAAUGUAUAGCGCUUUCCCGAGGAUGGCGCCAUUCCGCGCCAUCGUCGGGAAAGCGCUAUAUAUGUUUGUGGGCAUAGUGGGGAAACUGCUCUUCUGGGGUGUGCGAUAAAAACGCUCUUUGAUGAGCGAGGAGUGAUGAGGACUGGGCUAAUAGCGCUUAAUAUUUGACCAUUUUAUAGGGUGGAGGACAGGCUAGCUUGUAUGGAAGAAUACCAUGGGAUAAGCACCGAAAUCACUGGUCCAAGACCGUCUAAUGUGAUGUUGAAAAAUAAUUUGGAAUAUGCAAGAAUUUAUGUUCAAUUCGAAAAAUUCAUUACUUCAGAAGUAACCUGGAGUCUAAAGGACUAUAAUUAUAUGAAAAAGGUGUAUAGGAGGUUAUCAAGGCCGUAUAGGUCUACAAUAGCUGCAAAAAAUCGCCAAACAAGAACGAAAACUAGCAUGAAUAAUAAUGCAGGGAUCAGUGGAUAUCUUGGAGAUGACGGGCAUGAGGAAGAGGAUGGGAAAUUAUUAGAAACCCGUCCACAAAUUGAAGAGCUUGCAAGCCUAGAAAAAGUCCUGCUGCAUGACCCAUUGAGUGAGCUGACUGAAGAAGAAAGAAGGCUACUUUUUAUUUGUAGAGACCACUAUAAAACUCUUCCAUUAGCUCUACCACUAUUUUUGAAAUCAGUCAACUGAAGUCGGCCGCUGCAGGUCAAAGAAGCUUACAGGAUGCUUGAAAACUGGAGCCAGAUGCAGCCAGAAGAUGCACUAAGUCUUCUUAAUGCAGAUUUUCCUGAUGAAAAUGUUAGACUUUAUGCAUGCCGAAGAAUUGCUCAGCUCCCAGACGACGAUUUAGCACUUUAUAUGCCUCAGCUGGCACAAGCCUUAUGCUUUGAGUCACAGCACUAUAGUCCUCUUGGUGAGCUUCUAAUAGAAAGAUCCUUAAAAAACCCUUACAUUGUAGGGCAUGAGCUUUUUUGGGAGCUCCGGAGCCAAUUACAUGUGAAAGCUCUUUGUGAAAGGCUUGGGCUUAUAUUAGAACAAUUUUUGAUGCUUUGUGGGUCAUAUAGAGAAGAUUUAUUCAAAGAAGUUAAUAUGAUAGAAUUAUUCAGCUAUAUGAGCAUUGCCAUCAAAGACAAAGAAACUCAUGCGGAAAGAAUUGCAUAUUUAAGGAAGCUUUUAUCAGAAAAUAUGAGCAGAAUUGACGAUUAUUUCACUGAGCCUGUUGACUCUGCAAUGGAAGCUAAAGGAAUAUUGCACACUGCAAAAUUUCUACAUAUGUUUCAUUUGCCAAUUCCAUUUUGAAACGCGAAGACUCCCCUUUCUGACAUUCACGUGCCAAAAUGGAAUAUGCACGUAAGCGCCAUAGCUAAAUCGUAUAAUGCUUAAUAAAAAUAGAUAAAAGUAAAGUCAUGAGCUCAAAAAAAAUGCCGCUUUGGCUUACUCUUAUUAACUCUGAGAUGAACUCAGGCGACAUCCCCAUCAUCUUUAAGAAUGGAGACGACUUAAGACAAGACGUGCUUACUUUGCAAAUGAUAAGGGUGAUGGAUAUGAUUUGGCUUGAAAAUGGCUUGGAUCUUCGUAUGAAACCUUAUAGAGUGGUGGCAACUGCAGACAAAUCAGGCGUCAUCCAAGUGGUUCCACAGUCAAAAACCACAGCAGACAUCCAAACAUCAUAUGGUGGCGCUUUAGGAGCCUUGAAAAAGCAACCUUUGAAAGAGUAUCUCAAAGAGCACAACCCAAAAGAAGACCAGUACGAUAAAUCAUUUGACAAUUUCAUAAGGAGCUGCGCUGGAUACUGUGUUGCUACCUAUAUACUUGGAAUUGGUGAUAGGCAUAACGACAAUAUCAUGCUCACUGAGACUGGGCACCUAUUCCACAUAGACUUCGGUCACUUUUUAGGAAACUUUAAGCAAAAGUUCGGUAUUAAAAGAGAAAGGAGUAAAUUCGUGCUGACAGAAGAAAUGGCCUAUGUUAUGGGUGGAAAAGAAAGUGAUGGGUUUGUGCUGUUUAAGGAUUACUGCUGCAAAGCAUACAAUCUUGUAAGAAAGCAUGGAAGGAGGCUUAUUAACCUGUUCUUGAUGAUGAUUUCUGCUGGAAUUCUAGAGCUCCCAAGCAAGAAUGAAAUCAAUUAUUUGCGAGAAAUGCUAUCUUUGAAGCUUACCGAAAUGGAAGCUGAUAAUAAGUUCACUAAAGAAAUUGAAAACGCUCUCAACAAUACUUUCAGAAGAAUUGACAAUCUUAUUCAUACUUUUAAGCACUAA